ACAGUAUGAGAGACUGGGAAGGUCAAUCAAAUAGCAACGGAAAUGAGGAAUUACAACUUUGCGGUUCUCGGAACCAGCGGAACCCAGUGGACUCAAGCUGAACAGCAAAGGCUAGAUACAGGAGAGAUGCUGCUGUACUCCGGUUACAAAGAGAACGAUGCUCCACACACUCAGGGAGUUGUUCUGAUGCUGUCCGAAAAAGCACGAAGUGAGAUAUUGGGUGGGGAUCUGAUGGAUCCAGGAUCAUCAAAGCAUGCUUCAAAACAAAGAAGGGGGGAUCACAAUGAAUGUUAUCCAAUGCUAUGUAUCCACCAAUAUAGCAACGACGACAAUAAAGAUCAGUCAUAUGAGAGGCUAAAAUCAAUCAUAGGGAAGUGCCCAAGAAAGGACCUGAACAUUUUGAUGGGAGACUUAAACGCCAAAUUCGGAAUGAACAACAAGGGUUAUGAAGAUAUUAUGGGACGACAUGAAUUGGGAGAGAGAAAUGAAAAUGGGGAGAGAUUUCGCAAAUAUAUGUUAUAGACGGUUAUAGGCGGUACAAUACUUCCACACAACCGGAUGAAACGUUCAGUAGACGUCCAGAUUCGAGAUCAACAGGCUAGAUUUCGUAUGUAUCAGUCGUGCACAGACCAAAUCGCAACACUAAGGAUAAUCAUUGAACUCGUCACUAUUUAUCAACUUCCUUGAUUAUGAGAAAGCAUUUGACAGUGUGGAUGGGAGAACGUUACGGAGACUUCUUCG